CGUCAAAACAACACAGACGCGUUCUUAUUGGCUGAGCCUGGGGAGUGACGCGCGGUCUGUUCUAGGACCAAUGAACCGCAGGAGAGCGCCUCGUCGCAUCUCUCUCUCUCAGAGGAGGGAUGCACCAGCAGGAGGAGGAGGAGGAGGAGGAGAAUGGAGACAGAGGACAGAAGAACAAUGGCGAGGCCAAGGCAAACCUCAGGUGAGACAGGGGGAGGAGGAGGAUGAGAGACGCGAGCACCAUGGGAAAGAAACCGUGCCCAGAGGGACCUGCCAGACCAUGUGCCCUGCUCGUGAGCUGCGGGACCGUGAGCUGCAGAACCGCCUUCACCGCUUUGAGUUGUUGGCAGGCACGGAGAGAGACCGGCGGCCCAGAGGAGACCCCCUGCGUGCCAUCAAAGAGUAUUCCAGACCAGCAGCCGGGAAAGACUCGACAAACCCCACUGAUCUACGUCCACCUGCAGUGUUACUGAAAACUGUGUGUUAUCUUAUUGAUGACAUCGCUGCCUCCCCUCACCUGCGUCCAUGGACUGAGGUGUACAACUUCGCCUUUGAUCGGAUGCGUGGCGUGAAACAGGACAUGAUCAUCCAGAGGGUCUCCGGUCUGAACUGUGUGGCCAUUUUGGAGCGGACAGUGCGUUUCCUCAUCUAUGCCUCUUUUCGGAUGUGCGGUGAGCCCCUGCGGCUCUACGACCCACGCAUCAACGACACACACCUACAGGAGAAUCUGAGCUGGCUGCUGGAUUGCUACGCAACUGGAACAGGACCGCAUCCCAACCAGGAAGAGAUGCAAGCUCUUGGUCUGCUGUACAACUUAGGUUCAGCUCGUGCCACACAGCACAUCAUGGAGCUCCCCAAGCGUCUCCGCAGCUCUCCCGCCAUCACACUCGCUCUUAACAUCAACCGAGCUUUUCUGGAGCGAAACCCCGUACGUUUGCUCCGGUUGGCUCGGAGGUUGAACUUCCUACAGAGUUGCGCUCUGCACCGUCACCUGGUGACCUGCGGUCGAGAUCUGCUUCUAAUUUACAGCCACGGAUUCAGCAGCCGCAACUGCCGCUUCCCUCUGGAUGGACUGGCUCAGCUCUUGUCCUUAGACACGCCACUCGCAGCCCGACUCUGUCAGGCGCAUGGCGUGGUGGUUAACCAGGACAACCAAUUGGUUUUCUCCAAGGCUGCUUUCACUGAGCCCGAACAAGGGAAACUGCACUGCAAACUGUAUCACAACAUCGUGGCGACGAAACAGAGAAACCUCAGUGUUGGGAACAUCAUUCACGGCUGAGCUUGAGACAAAUAAAAGGAGUACAACGUUAAUACAAGUAAAGCGAUGUUUGAUUAUGUAUAUGUCCCUCCACGGGGUGAUCAUUUCCACUGGCAGGGAUUUAAAAUGGAGUCUAGAUAUACGUCAGCAGUGUUUUGAUCUUUCUAGUCUUGUUAUUGGAUUUGAGCCUUGGAGCUUCUUUCUAGGACACAUGUUCAACAUAAGGGUCAGGGCUUUUGUUGAGCUCUUGGCAAUGCUCCAACUGAGAAAAGCUAAACUCAGGAAAACAAGUUCUCUCUUGGUUUCCGGUUUCCACUACUCCCCUCAGUCCAUGGUGCUUUUUCAUCCCCAUCAUGCACUUGGUGCCUGAAUUACUUAAAGAUGUGAAUCACUUUUUUAUAAUGUUACUCUUUACUGCUCAUGUUCUGUUUCAUGUUAUGUUGAUGCCAUAUUGUGUUUUUUUAAAGCAUUUCAGAAAACCUGUAAAAAAAACUACUGUGCAACAGUGUUCAUUCACUCUCAUCAAAGAAGUACCUCAGAAGCAUUUAAAUAAAUAUUUGUUACCUUUAAAAAAAAGAAAUGUCUCCUUUCUCAUCAUUUCA